AUGGAUAUGAAAGGUAAAGGUGCUCAAAUCAAUGCGGUUUCCGAGGAACUUAAUCUCCUUGACAGCAAACGUCAUAUCGAGAGGUUCCAAAAAUAUGAUGCAUGUUAUGCUCGAUAUUUGAUGGCAAAAUAUGAAAGAAUUGUGACAAUGGAUACAGAUAUGACUGCGGAGAAGCAAACUGAAGAAAUAAUAAGGACAAGCAAUUCUUCUUUGUUCAAAGAUUCAUGUUAUAAGCCAAUAGUGGGUGUUGUUGUUGAGGAUGGAAGCAGCUCAGGGAAAAAGAAACGCAAAAGAGACGCCUACAAUGUUUGA